AUGUUGUUAUCGAGUCAAUUAAAAAUAAAACAAUUUUCUAUAUUAUUGGUGGUAUUACUGUCGUGGCGUGUUUUAAUAACAACAGAUUUACUAGCACGUGGUAUUGCUGUACACCAAGUUGCAUUAGUUAUCAAUUAUGAUUUACCAAAUAAUCGUGAAAAUACGUCCAUCGGUGUUGCAAUUAAUUUUCUUACUAUUGAAGAUCGUCGUGCACUUCGCGAUAUCGAACAAUUUUACAAUACACAAGUUGAUGAAAUGCCGAUGAAUCUUCAGAUUUAA